CGUGCGACGGGUUGGACCUCUCUUUGGUUAAGAGCAUUUGGAACAUGUUCCAAUGCUUAUACCACUCCUUUGCUUGGAAACGCCCAGAUGCCCGGACGUGUCCCUAUGUUUCCCCCUCUUUGGAACCUGUCCCUAUGCUCCACCUUUGCGACGGGUUUGAUUGAUUCUACUUCUACCAACCGUCUGAAUCGCGGAAUUUUCCUGCGUUUUUUGCCCCUUUCUUUUCUUCCUCUUCAUUCCUCUCUCUCUCUCUCUCUUCAUUUUUCUAGGGUUCCUUACUUCACCUUAUAAUCUCUGUCAUCUCUACCUAAGUAUUGUUCUCUCUCUCUCUGGAGUCUUGAUCACUCUAAAAAUAGCGGAUUUGGUAUCCUCAAUCGACAAUCCUCCGAUGAUUUCGGCUGCAUCGUCAUCCGGAGCUACUGUUGCUGAUCACGACGAUGAUUUAGAAAACGCAUGUAGUAUCUAUCUCGAGCCUUUCAACUCCCAGGAUCCUCUCACUGUCACCAACUGUAGACAUGAGUAUCAUCUCCAGUGUAUUCUUGAAUGGUCACAAAGAAGCAAAGAGUGCCCUAUAUGUUGGCAGCUUCUUGUCUUGAAAGACCCUUCCAGUCAAGAGCUCUUAGCUGCAGUGGAGAUUGAGAGGAAUUUGAGGUCAAGGCGCAAUGCUCGCCAUAUCCAUGAGGACUAUGAAAUGAAUAUUGCUAAUUCUUAUGGAGAUGAUUCAGAUUUCGAUGAGCGUAUUAUGAGGCAUUUUGCUGCUGCAGCACGCAGAGCUCAUUAUGUUGAGAGAAGGGGAAGGCCGAGAUCUUCUGGUAUUGGUCCUCCGCUGGUUCUGCUCUCUGUUCCUACUGGAGAUCUACCUCUACCUGAUGUGCAGCAUUUGCGCACAACAUCACCAGAAGAACGCCAAACUUCCAGUUAUGAGUUUUCGGAGGGUGAUUCACCAACAUUUAGCACUCUAAGGUCUGUGGUUCCAGUGGUUGUGAAUGUGGAACCCAACUCUGUUGGCAACAGAGACCUGCCAGAACUGUUGAUCCUUGUAUUUUGCUCCAAAAGUCCACAAAGACCAAGCUCAUCUGAAUUUCUUGCUUUCUCGGAGUCUGUUAAAUUGAAAUUUUCUACAGCUUCUGCCAGAUAUAAGGAAUCAAUCUCAAAAAGUACCCGAGGAUUUAAAGAGAAGCUACUUGCGCACAAUAUCUCAGCCAGAGAAUUGGGAAGAGGAGUUCAACGUGAGAUGAAUGCAGGUAUUGCUGGUGUUGCACGAAUGAUUGAGCGCCUUGAUCUUCCUUCAAAACGGACCGGAAUUUCUAUUCCUUUAUCCAGUUGCUCGACCUCAAACUUCUCGUAUAAAGGAAAAGACACUCAAGAGAGUGUAAUUACUCAGUCUCCCAAUGAAAAUGCAGGGGAAAGUGUGCAUGAUAUGAGUUCACCUGAAUCCCCUCGUGGUCACAGUACCUUCCCAAGUGAAUUGGAUAUUUCUCUCGUUCAGUCUGGAAGGUGAUGUUGUUAAGAAGCGAACCAGUGCUCAACUAUGGGUUCCACAUUUCAUUCUCUUCAUGAAGGCAUUUACUCUAUGCCGUACGAUUAUGAAUCAGUCCAGGCGUUUACGCAAGUGACGUAUGACAAGGAAUCAAUCCACCAUGAUUUAAAGGAUGAUAAUUGGUUCGUGUCCUGCAAUAAUUUUAUUUGCGAAACUUGAAACCUUUCAAGUGAUUUACUGUUCUUAUAUAAAUAUGGUUAUAUGUAUUAUUGUUCCA